ACAAUAGUGUCUCCAUAAGAAAUAAAAAACAAAAAAAACUCAACAACUGAGGUGUCGAUUUCCUCAUGUUAUUGGUAUGCAUGUGCAGUUACUCGUUCCCUGGCACGCUCACACUGCGUAAUCACGCACGCUACAUGUUUGACGGAUCUCCUCUCCUCUCAGCGCAACCUAACCGCACCGAAACAAACCGAAAUCGAUUCCAAAACCCCUUUAUCGGCAACGAUUGAAGAAGGAAAAAUGUUGAAACGCGCAACCGCUACUCUCAAAUCAACCCUUUCUCUUCACAUCACAAAGGAAGGUUCUAAGCACAACGGUUAUCAUUUCCAUAGAUUUACCACUGGAUCGCCUUUGCAUUUUCAGGAAAAGGACUGGGUUUGUCCCAAACAUAAAGAUACGGUUAUAGCUUUUGUUUUAGGGGGGCCUGGUAGUGGAAAAGGUACACAAUGUGAAAAAAUUGUAGAAACCUUUGGAUUUAAGCAUUUGAGUGCUGGUGAUCUUUUGAGGAAGGAGAUGGUUUCUGAUAGUGAGUAUGGCUCUAUGAUUCUGGAUACAAUUAGAGAAGGAAGAAUUGUUCCAUCAGCAGUGACUGUCAAAUUGAUUCUAAGAGAGCUGGCAUCUGGUGAUAGUCAUAAGUUUCUUAUUGAUGGUUUCCCUAGAAGUGAGGAGAACCGCAUAGCUUUUGAACGAAUUACUGGCUCUGAACCAAACUUUGUUCUUUUCUUUGAGUGCCCUGAAAAAGAGAUGGUGAAACGGGUACUGAGCCGCAAUCAGGGUCGAAUUGAUGACAAUAUAGAUACAAUGAAGAAACGACUUAAAGUAUUUGAAGCAUUAAAUCUUCCCGUGGUUGAUUACUAUGCAAAGAAAGGGAAACUUCACAAGAUCAAUGCUGUGGGAACAGAGGAUGAAGUAUUUGAGCAAGUUCGGCGAGUUUUUGCGCAAGUGAGUACGGUUACAUGAAAGCUGUGUGAUUGGGUUGCGAGAGCAUUGUGGCAUUGGGUGAAGUUUUGAAGGGACUCUAUUUCCUAGUUAACUACAAGAUCCAGAUUCCUGUCUGAUUUGUUCUGGAAUUAGGCAGGUCUCCAAAACUCAUCCACUAAAAACUUUCAAAGUGACUGGUUGAAUCGAUUCGAGGUUUGAGUUUUUUUAACGCGGUCGAAUCUUAUCCCUUGACAGAAAUAAUAGUAGGUGAAUGUAAAUGUUUGAUACACAAACAAGCACUGUUGAGUAAUACCAACAGUGUGUUGGUUCAAGUAAAAGGAUUUGGAUUCUUUUGAAUCUGUAACUUUGAAUUUGAUUUAUAUUUAUGUGCAGGAAAUAAUACUGGGAGGGAUUUUGACA